CUGCGGUUGCACCCGUAUCCUUUCCAGGCCUCGGCUUUGUCGCCUUCUCCGCCUCCGCCUCCUCGCACCGCCCGCGGGGGCCUGAGUACUGUCAGGCGGUGGCCGCAGGAAGUUCCGUCCUCUCUGGGCAAGAUGGCUGGGGGUGAGGCUGGAGUGACUCUGGGGCAGCCGCACCUUUCUCGCCAGGAUCUCGCCACCUUGGAUGUCACCAAGUUGACGCCACUUUCACAUGAAGUUAUCAGCAGACAAGCCACAAUUAAUAUAGGUACCAUUGGUCAUGUAGCUCAUGGGAAAUCCACAGUUGUAAAAGCCAUUUCUGGAGUUCACACUGUCAGGUUCAAAAAUGAACUAGAAAGAAACAUUACAAUCAAGCUUGGAUAUGCUAAUGCUAAGAUUUAUAAACUUGAUGAUCCAAGUUGUCCUCGACCAGAAUGCUAUAGAUCAUGUGGAAGUGGUACACCUGAUGAGUUUCCUACAGACAUUCCAGGGACCAAAGGAAACUUCAAAUUAGUCAGACAUGUUUCCUUUGUCGACUGUCCUGGCCAUGACAUUUUGAUGGCGACCAUGCUGAACGGUGCAGCAGUGAUGGAUGCAGCUCUCCUGUUGAUCGCUGGUAAUGAAUCUUGCCCUCAGCCUCAGACUUCUGAACACCUAGCUGCAAUAGAAAUCAUGAAACUGAAGCAUAUUUUGAUCCUACAGAAUAAAAUUGAUUUGGUAAAAGAAAGCCAGGCUAAAGAACAGUAUGAACAGAUCCUUGCAUUUGUACAAGGUACAGUAGCAGAAGGAGCCCCCAUUAUUCCAAUUUCUGCCCAGCUGAAAUAUAAUAUUGAAGUUGUCUGUGAGUACAUAGUAAAGAAAAUACCAGUACCUCCUAGAGAUUUUACUUCAGAACCUCGACUUAUCGUUAUUAGGUCAUUUGAUGUGAACAAACCUGGUUGUGAAGUUGAUGACCUUAAAGGAGGUGUGGCUGGUGGUAGUAUUCUAAAGGGAGUACUUAAGGUGGGCCAGGAAAUAGAAGUCAGACCUGGUAUUGUUUCCAAAGAUAGUGAAGGAAAACUCAUGUGUAAGCCAAUCUUUUCCAAAAUUGUAUCACUUUUCGCGGAACAUAAUGAUCUUCAGUAUGCUGCUCCCGGGGGUCUUAUUGGAGUUGGUACAAAAAUCGACCCCACCCUGUGCCGAGCUGACAGAAUGGUGGGGCAGGUCCUUGGUGCAGUUGGAGCUUUACCUGAGAUAUUCACGGAAUUAGAAAUUUCAUAUUUCCUCCUUAGACGGCUUCUAGGUGUACGCACUGAAGGUGACAAGAAAGCAGCAAAGGUCCAAAAGCUGUCCAAGAACGAAGUGCUGAUGGUCAACAUAGGAUCUUUGUCAACAGGAGGGAGAGUUAGUGCUGUCAAGGCUGAUUUGGGCAAGAUCGUUCUGACUAAUCCUGUGUGCACAGAAGUGGGAGAAAAAAUUGCCCUUAGCCGAAGAGUUGAAAAGCACUGGCGUUUAAUUGGUUGGGGUCAGAUAAGAAGAGGAGUGACAAUCAAGCCAACCAUAGAUGAUGACUGAAGAGUCCCAGUUAAAUAAUACAUCAAGAUGCAGCUGGAAUUUGUCUGAACAACUAGGGGUAUAUUUUCAAAGCGAUACUAGGAAAUAAUUUCACAGCUCGUUACCUUAGUAGGUAGCUCUAAGGUUAUACUCAUUUUUGGGUGAUGAAAAUCUAACCUCUAGUACUCAUCAUAAGAUCUACAAUAAACUUAAAAGUUGGCAUAAUGUUGGAUUGCAUCUACAUUUUAACAGAAGUAAAGCAUUUCCAAAUCAGUCUAAUUUAUACAUCCAAUCAGAUUUGAAAUGAAACUGCUACCAAUCAGCCUUCUCUAUAGCACACGUGCCAUGGAACCUGUCUGAAAUAAAAUUUUUCUUCUUUUUCAUGAUUCAUCUUUGAAUAGCUCUAGGCUAAAGGACUGUUAAUGCCAGUAAAAACUGGAAGAUAUAAAUACUCCUUAAAAACCAAGUCUUCUUUGUUAGGACUCAUAUUUUAUGUUGCUUUUUUAAAACAAUUGUUUUUAUUAGUACAUGUUUACAGUACAUGAUUAUAUUUACCAGGAGUUGGUAUGUAUACAUAGCAUAUCCUAACUCUUGGAAUGCUUGUCCCACCGAUGCACCUCUCCCUUAUUCUUUUGGACUGAGAUAUAGGCAACCGGAGCUGGAAGUUCUCACCCUCUCCCUGUGGUGCCCUGCAAUUAUUUCUGCAUUGGUUUACACCUAAAACCUGAGAGUCUUCUAUUGGAAAAAGCAUUGUAGCGAAUAGUUAUGGACAGCUAACAAAGAAGCUCGCUCGGGCUUUUUGUCCUGCAUAGUUGUUUAGUUUAGUGUUGUAUCUUGUUUUUAUGGUGCUGGGGAACCCCUAGGGCCUCAGGCAUGUUGGACAAGCACUCUAGCACUGAGCUCUCCUCUACCCCAAGCCAUUUUUGUUUUUUUAAUUGUUUACUUGCUAGGAUUGCGACUUAGAGUGUAAUAGUGAUCUUUGGACCUUGCAAGAGGUCAAGAGUAAAAGAUGGUAGAAACAAAGAGUGAGUCAUUUUGAUUCUUUUUUAAAUAAAUCUUUCUACCAAUACUUUUCAUAGGCUAUUCUUUUAUCCAUUUCUAUUUAUUUAUGUCUUUGCUUCAUUAGAGAUUCUUUUAGAGCAGUGACUCCUAACGGGGUGACAUUAGAAUUGCUAGGCAAGGGGCUGGGGGUUUAGCUCAGCGGCAUAAGCGCCUGCCUUGCAAGCAGGCAGUCGUGAGUUCGAUCCCUGGUACCGAUAAAAACGAAAAAGACCAAAAAAAAAGAAUUGCUAGGCAAGCUUUUUAAAAAAGAUGCCCCCACAGAUUUUGAUCUUAAUUGUCUUGGGGUAGAAACCAGUGCAUUGAUAUUUUUUAAAACUAUAAGUUUAGAAAGUUAAGAGGUAGGCAUAUUAAAUAAUAGUAUCUCACUGUGUUUGUGUGAUCUGAUAAAACUAGUUUGCUUUUCUUAACAGUUUGUGUUGAAAUGGGUUUUAAGCCCCAGUCAUUGUAUUGUGCUCUUAGAUGUUGAAACUGCCUUACAGAAGUCCAGAAGCUGUGGCCGUGGGUCAAAGUUUCUAAGUCUUAAGGAAGCAUAUCAAUGUUAUAUUCUUGAUUGACUUUGAAGGGUUAUAUUGUAGCAUGAGGACCACAAUUAAAUAAAAGAAAGUUAUAAAUCAAAAAUUAA